UUAAGGAAACCCGCAAUGUCAUUUGUGGAAGCACUGCCUAGAGGCCCCAUAAAGAAAGGCGCACCUCACGUAUGGAUGGAUAUAGAACGUAUGCUACACAAUUUUCAGCAAUACAGAACUUAUCUUGAAAAAGAAAGGGUAGUCGAACGUCUGUCUGAUCAUGAUCAAACAUUGCGAGGUAAAGUUUCGACCUGCGAGGAGCGUACUUGGCCUAACAGGGUGACGGUUUCGUCUCCAGGUCAUGUUGCUAAUGCUGAUAGCAAGCAAAAUAAAAAAUGGGAAAAAGCCUCGAUCCUGGUUCCGUUUGUUGUUUGUGAAGAUGGACCUCACAUACUUGUCACCGUUCGUAGUCCUGAAGUGGCACAUUUUCCAGAUGAAACCUCAUUCCCAGGGGGGAAGUGGGAAGAGGGUGACUCGAAUCCUAUUGAGACAGCUUUGAGAGAAGCCAGAGAAGAAAUUGCUCUAUUGCCUGAAAAUGUGACAAUUAUUGGUUGUUUAGAGGAUGUCUGUAUAUUCCCAAGAAAAAGAAAGGAUGGAGGAAGUCGUGAAUAUUGUUUGUCAAUCGUUGUUGGUGUCAUAAAUGGUAUCUGUCACUUGUCUCCCAACAGUGACGAGGUAAAAGAAAUUAUGAUUUGUCCAUUGAAAACACUCUUCCUGCGACCUAAUCACGUCCUUUACCGUGACCAAAAACGUAGAGACAUAAACAUUUUUUCCUUACAGAUAGAACUGGAGGGGAAAACAUGUAUUAUAUAUGGUUUUACAGCGUGGCUUGCUCUUCUUAUUUGUGCUAUUCUAGAUUUGGUGCCUGCUGACUGCAAGCAUGUCUACCAGUGCUUGGAUGUAAAAAACAAGCCCGCUGUAUAUGACAGUGCAGGCUUCAGAACCCUUCUCAACUUUGCUAAGAAAAUUCACAGACAAAGUGACAAAAUUCAUCCUAUGGGAAGCAAAUUGUAAGGAGUGUAUGAAGGACAAAGUUUGUCAUUAAAGCAAUACUAUACUUGAAUUACAGCUACUAUUGUCAUUUUUGCAUUGUAACUUACAGUUUAACAUUGUAUAUAAAGAUAUUAAGUAGUUUCCUCACACAAUAAACACAUAGUUAGGUGUUAUGGAUCAUGAGCCGUCAAGGAUAAUAUUUUAGGAGUAUAAAGCAAUCAACAACACUGUAGACUGAAGAGAACUAAGGUACCAUCUUUGUUGUUAUUUGCAUGUUUUCAGUCUAAAUUGGACUCUUGGCGUGUUUUUUGUCAUUCUAAGUUUUGUAUGAUUAAAAAUUUAUUUUUAUGAUUACUGUAUCUUUAGAAAAAGGUUUAGAAUGAUUUUUUAGGUAUAAUUCAAAACAGACAAUAUUGUUGUGAAUUGAAAAUGCAUUUUCAAGUAUUACACAGUGUCCAUUCAAAUAGCAUUUAUUAAUUCUGCAAGCCAUAUGCUUCAUAUUCAUAUUCUUUAGAAUAUCUUGUACAUUGCUUUAGUUUCCAAUUCUCACUUGUUGUUUUCCA